CCGAGCUCGGGUAGUCCGGCUGCCUGGAAAUCCGUCGAGCGUUGCGGGCGCAGCAGUUGAAAAGCGUUCGCCGUGAGCGACAGACACGCCGCAGUUGUUCCGCUCGAGAAAUCGCAGUCCACAUUCCGCAUCCGCCGUGUUCCAGCCCGUAGACCGCCCCGCUGGCCGGAGAGUGCGAGGAUUGUAGCCACAGAUCUCCUUAGCGGAGUUCUACAGUUCCAAGCCCCCCAAAAAGAAAGUGACCCAAAAAGGUGGCCCCCCCGUUCGUGUCCCAAGAGGGCGGCGGUGAAAGUGCAGAAAGCGGAGAAAAGUGUACGUGCCUCAGUGUGGAUUUUCCGAGGGUGCCGGGUAACGUGAGACGGAUACGGGAAACGGGGAAGGAGAACUCCGGAAAACAACCUGAAAGCCAUUUGCCGCAAAUCGAGCAGCCCGGCGACAACAACAUGUGUAAACGCUAACGAGCGCGAAAACGCGAACAUUUUGAUUGAUUUUGAUUGACAUGCCACUCAGCGCCCUUGCGCCACCCACCACGAAAAAGUAAAGAAAAAAAACUCAACAAAAAUAAUAACCAAAGAAAAGCGAGGGAAAGAUAAAAACAUAUUUCCAGUAGGGGAGCAUAAAACUUGAGGGAAAUGCCACUGAAAACCCAAACGAUAGUGAACAAAUAUUGAAACGUUUGAAGCACUUUCGGAUCUAAAAAAAAAAAGAAAUAAUUGCCCCAAGGGCUGUCAGCGAAAGUGCCAACAAAACCGGAAAAAAAUAUAUAUAUGUACAUCCCACGCAAGCCCAGAAACAAAAUGCAAUCAAAUCAAGGCCCAUAAAAACCGCACAAAACAACGCAUAAAAGCAAAGCCAGCCGACAAAAAAUCAUACAAAAUAAUAAAAAAAAUCCACAGCAUCAGGCGGCUAAUCAACUACAAUAAAAUAACGGAAAAUUCCAAACAAAAAAAAAAGUAAAUAAUAAAGAAAACGCUGAGUUGGGCAACCGUUUUUUUUCGUUGGCAUCUCAGUUAGAUUUUCGUUCGGCAUUUUCCGCCCUCGCCGUGUCAGUGUGUAGUGGUGUAUUUUAUUUGUAAAUACGUAUUUGUGUGCCUCCUCCAAACCAAUCAUAUAUACAUAUAAAUAUAUAUAGGUAUACAAAAAAAAAAAGGAUAAAAUAUGCCGGCAUUGAUUUUCCCCGGCGACAGCAACAGCAUCAGGCACAGCUAAGCCGUCGAACCAGAACAGCAACUACAAUAAUAAUAAGGAAAGAAGAAGGAAAAGUUGAAGGAAUCGAAGGAAAAGUUCCUCGGAUAUUUUCGGUUGCCUUUGGACAACUAAGCCGCGGAUGAUUAAAACGCUAAAAAGAUCCUCAAACUGCGCGGAAAGCUCUUGAAAGGAACCGCCAUUUAAGGACACACAAAACAACUUUGACAAGGACAUGCCGCAAAUGCAUUACAUUAUAAUUUCAUUAAGGACAAAAGCCUUUCUCAGCCAGCGGUGAAACAACGUUGCCAGGAGAUAAAAGAGCGAAAAAGGAAAGCGGUGAAAGGAUAAGGGCGUGCGAAGAAAGUCGGAGAGUCGCAAGGACCGACAAUAGCCGCGGAGCCCAUUGCCUACUUCUGGGCGCUGUCAAGCGGGAAUCAAGAGCCUGGCAUUUUUAUGAAAUUAAUACAAAGGACACGGCAGGAGCAGCAGCUGAAGCCGAGGCGGUAGAAGUGCCAGCGGAAGUUAGAGUGGAAGCGGAAGUGCCAGCCAUGACAAAAGCGGCGGCGGCGCCAGGACAACGAUGAGCGGCGUUCCGAUAGCGACAAUAAUGGCAGCAGCGCUCCUUCUCUUGAGGCCCGACUCCGUUCGCGUAGACGUGACUGCCUCCGAUCGACUAAUAACAUUUACCCGCGGAGCAGAUUCCGUGGCCUAACUUGACAUGCCAACGUGACCCAGCUGGUUAAGACAAAUACUGAAGAACCAAGGAGGCUAAGUAGCGGAAAAACACUAAAAAUUCUCUCAAAAAAAUAAACAAUCUCGGAGCACUUGAGACAAUGGGUCGUGGCCAUCAUUUUUGGAUAGUGCUCCUAGCAGCGGUUACCCUCAUCCUGACCCCGGUGCGGAGCUGUCCGCCCGAGGUGUGUGUGUGCAAAUGGAAGGGCGGCAAACAGACCGUGGAGUGUGGGGGCCAGCAGCUGUCCAACCUGCCUGAGGGCAUGGACCCCGGCACUCAGGUGCUCAACUUCAGCGGCAACGCCCUGCAGGUGCUGCAGUCAGAGCGCUUUCUGCGCAUGGACCUGCUCAACCUGCAGAAGAUCUAUCUGUCCCGGAACCAGCUCAUCCGGAUCCACGAGAAGGCCUUCCGGGGUCUAACCAACCUGGUGGAGCUAGACCUUAGCGAUAAUGCGCUGCAGAAUGUGCCUAGCGAGACAUUCCAGGACUACAGUUCCCUGAUGCGCCUCUCACUCAGCGGCAACCCUAUCCGGGAGCUGAAGACCUCGGCCUUCCGCCACCUGUCGUUCCUCACCACGCUGGAGCUGUCUAACUGCCAGGUAGAGCGCAUCGAGAACGAGGCCUUCGUGGGCAUGGACAACCUGGAGUGGCUGCGUCUGGACGGCAACCGGAUCAGCUUCAUCCAGGGCAACCACAUCCUGCCCAAGUCGCUGCAUGGCAUCAGCCUGCACAGCAACCGGUGGACCUGCGACUGUCGCCUCCUGGACGUCCAUUCCUGGCUGGUCAACUACAACACUCCGCUUGCGGAGGAGCCCAAGUGCAUGGAGCCUGCGCGCCUGAAGGGCCAGGUGAUCAAGGGCCUGCAGCGGGAGCAGCUAGCCUGCCUGCCAGAGGUGAGUCCUCAGUCCAGCUACACGGAGGUGAGCGAGGGCCGGAACAUGUCCAUCACCUGCCUGGUGCGGGCCAUCCCAGAGCCGAAGGUCCUCUGGUUAUUCAACGGCCAGGUGAUGAGCAACGACAGCCUGAUGGACAACCUGCACAUGUUCUACUACAUCGACGAGACCAUCGGAGGCAGUGGCGCCGAGGAGAAGCGCAGCGAGAUCUUCAUCUACAACGUGGGUGCCGAGGAUAACGGCACCUUUUCCUGUGUGGGUCAGAAUAUCGCCGGCACCACCUUCAGCAACUACACCCUGCGGGUCAUUAUCAAGGAGCCGCCGGUGGUCAACGAAGUCUCCUUCCCGCGGGACUACAUGAACUACAUCGUGGCCAGCAGCGCCGGCGGAGGCAUCAUCUUCGUAGUGCUCCUCUGCACCAUAGUGGUCAAGUGCAAGAAGCCCUCGGAGCCGGCCAAGCAGCGCAAGAAGUGUGACCAGGUGACAAGCAUAGCUGGCGGCACGGACUCCUCGACGGGCAGUGGCCAGGAUACGGGCAUGAUGAAAUGCGCCUCGAUUCUGAACGAUGGCGGUGACAGCCUGAAUGGGAAUGCGGGUCUCCUUUUGGGAGACACCCUCACUCCGACAAAGGCCGCGAAUGGAGCUGCCGGAGGGGGCAUCAUCUUGGGCAAUCAGAUGAAGCAAAACCUUCUGCUCUAUGCCACGCCAAAUCCCGCACAGCAGCAGCUGCAACUGAACGUGAACCUGAUGGGAUCUGGCCCAGGAUCGCCGCCUCUUUUGCUGAGCAACGGACAUGGGUUGGCCGCCGCCUACUGCUCUCCACCAGCCUCCCUGCGGAACUAUCAGGAGAAGAACCCUGACCUGGUCAACGAUGCGGAGAGCGUGAAGCACAAGCUGAAGACAGCGGUGAGUCUGGAUGGAGCCGGCGAGUACGAAACCCAGAGCGAUUGUGGACAGUACGAGGGCUGCUACCAGCUUGCGGCAGCUCCACAUCCCGGACACCCCGGACAUCCUGGUCAUACCGGGGUGCACCCACAUCCGCUGCCCGGACACCCGCUGAUGGGACGCUUCGCCCAGGCGAUGACCACACUGCCCCGGGGCAUGCAGCUGAAGCCGGCCCCCCAUCAAGUGGACGUGCACCUGAACCCAGUGUGCUUCCUGGGCCAGGACGGGGCCUUCGCCUACGACUACAGCAGUGCCCACCUAGUGCAGCAGUCCCCGACGCAGCAGCAGCAGCAGCAGCUUCAGCAGCAGCAACAGGUUCAGCCUGCCGCCAACUUCUACCGGACGCUGCCACAUAACAGGUUGCACAAGCAGCAGCAGUUCCAGGCGGCAGCGGCGGCCGGUGGUGGCGCCGGCAAUCCCACCCUGCGCUACAGCCUAGAGGCGGAGUUCAUCCAGCGCGGUCCCACGGUCAGCUAUGAGAAGUAUCAGCUGCCCAAUGUACGCUUCACAGCCGAGGGAUAUCCGCAGCAGCAGCAGCAACAGAUCCUGCAGCAGCAACAGCAGCAGAUCCUGCAGCAGCAACACCAAUUUCCGUCACCUCCAGAGGGCUACAAGAGCGACCUGGCCGUGAUGCCGGCGCCGUUCCAGCAGUGGCCCAGCUGCCUGCCCGGCUACCGCUUUGCCCAGUCACCCACCAGUCAACCAGCGGUAGCCACUCCUCCCGGACAACCAGCUCCACCAGCACCAGCAUCGGGCCAGGCUCAGGCCCAGACCUGCAGCAUUCCCGAGCUGGACGAGAACGAGGCUCAGUCGCCGCGCUUGGAGGAGGCCGCCUCCGCUGCAGUGCCUCCUGCCGGCGAGGAGGGCGACUCGGAGGCCGCGAAACUUAAACAGCUUAACGGUCCCUUGGCCGACAGUCCCGACGAAGGAUAUGUGGGCGAUGGGCAGGAGACCAGCGACAUUUGACCCGGCCAGCAGCCAGCCCGGAGCCAGGAGGAAGCGGCCUUAGACGACUCAGUUGCCCUGUAAGAGGCCAGGCUGAUCACCAACCACUCAUAGCCUAAGUUCACCCUUUCCAGCAGGAGGGACCUCUCCCGAAGUCCUCGCCUGCCCUUACUUACACUUCCCCUUUUUUUCUGUUUGUUGGUUUGCCCGCAAAAAACAAGCAAACAAAAGGCAGACCCAAGUUUAACCUAAUAAUUGGCAGAGGGAAAGAGAGAAGGAGAACUCGAAAUACGAGUCUGAAAAGGAGAAGUCCGAGAAAAGCGAAAGGAGCGCCGAAGAAACGUUGGACGCUGGGGCAAGCCGAAGGACGAAUACCCAUUUGCCUUGGUGUAUUUUGUAGGAUUUAUUUUAUUUUAUUUACUCAAUAUUGUUUCCUUUUGUGUCUAAAAAUAUUUUAAUGCUAGACUUCACACUUAAGGAAUAUAGUUUAAAUUAUUUUCCGAAUGUUUGGAUUCCGCCGAAAUCUUUUUAGAAUAUUUUUUAACAUCUGUUAUUUGCUUACCAACAAAUAUGAAUUUUUCACGACCAACUGCACCACAUUUUUGAUGGACUUGCGGCUUGUUAGGGUACCUGGCCGAACAAUGGACAGGACCUAACCUAAUAAAGCCGAAAAACAAAGACGCCGCUAAACAAAAGCCUCUUGUCGUUGUUUGUUUCUGUUUGCUGCGUGCUUCGAGUGGCAAGCUGGCAGCAUUUUAUUUCCGCUGAUGUAAUUGAAAAACUUUUUCAUUUAAUAUAAAGUUUUCAGCAGCCUCCCCGCAGCACAAUGAAGAGAGCAAAGAAAAGGCAAAGAAAAUCCCGGGCCUACGACUAGACAUGUGUAUGUUGGGGUGGUGUUGUGGGACUGCUGUGUCCUGUAUGUAUGCCGAUUGAGUUGUCCGACUCUCGGAGGCGUUGUAAGUUGACAAUCGGUGGCAAGGGGUCGGAAGGGGGCGGAAGGGGGUUUUUACACACACCACUUCCUCGGGAUCCUUGGUAUCCACUUGGCAGCGGUUCCGAGUCGGUGGCUCACUUCAGAGCCAAGUGGCAUGUGUUUUCGCCAUGGCGACACCUGCUCUCCGGAACACAAAGGACUCCCCGGCUCGAGGAUUCGGCUGUUGAACCUUCCGCAAAAGCCAUGCCGAAAUCCGAAUGGGAAUCGCAAUCGGUAGCGGGGACGGAGACGGGAAUGGGCCUGAAAGGCUAAGUGGGGAAUUCCGGACGAAAAUCGCGAGUGGCAUUAAGGACUUCCCCCUUUGUAGUGUGCUCUAGUUUAUGAAAUUUUAAUUUGGGCCACAUCCGCUUCACUGUUGCAUUUAAAUAAUUUAUAGCCUUUACUUUCCUCGGAACUUUCUGCGGGUCCUAAGCAAACUCUUGUUUAGCCAUCACCUCACCUCACCCAUCCAGACUUUAAUUCUCCCGCCUUAAGUUUGUUGUACCGAAUCGAACAGACAUGAACACAAGUGUUUCCGGGUAACAUUUAACGUAGAUAUCGUAAAUUAUAGCGGCUACCAUUGUAAGGACUAACUAUAUAUAGGAUAACCCCGACCGUUUGAGACUUGUAUGUAAAUGUAGCCGUAGGAAUCGUUUAAGCAGCGCCCCGGCUUUCCCUUUUAACGUAAAUGUUAUGUAAAGUAAACAUCGCAGCUCUCCCAUUGUAAAUUAAAGCAGAAGUCAGGCGUGCGGGAAAAGAACAAGUAGCAAAAUGUUUGCAAAAUAUUUUGAAGAGUGUAAGUAACCACAAGCAAACAAUUAGCAAUAGACGACCCGCAUUUGAGGAGGACGACGAGCAGAAGCAAUCAUUUAAGCCGUAUGGAGUACUGUAAAUUGCAUAAAUAAAUCAUUAGCUGUAAGAACAAGGCAAACACAACACCUACAGGACACACUCUCACGUACUCGGUAUGUUUUCAAUGCGUAGCGAAUGGUUAAGUUUUAUUUUCACCAAGUGAGUUAGUUGGCAAGCGCACCCAAAAGGAUUAUAGUAACACAAACUAAAUUAAACAAAACAAACAGAAGAGAGAAAAGAUACAAAAAACCCACAAAAAAAAUACAUUUUAGCUUAGAAAACUGUUUAAAUCACAACACAAACACAGACACUCAAAGGAAAACUGAACAAAAGAAUUUGCUGGCAGGACUCUGCGAACGGAAAAUAGUUUUAAAUAUUAUAUGGAAUACACUGCAGAAAUAUUGAAAAUGUUUAAUAUUAAGUUAAUGGUUAAGCAAAGCAAAACAUAUACGCAUUCAAAAAAUAGUAAGUGCGAAAACGGUCACCAACAUUUAAAGGAUAACAAUGAGAGAAAACGUCAGAGAAACAAAAUGAAAAACACAGUCUAGUUAUAAAUUAAUUUUUUAAGUUUAAUUGAAAUUCAAAUGCAUUAUAAUAAUAACAGAAGCAAAGUGUAAAAAGGAUAAGAGAGAAAUUA